UGCAAUUCAGUUGCCAAACAAAACGCGAUCGAAGCACAUCUUCGUACCGCUCCGCCCUUCAUUAUCUUUACCGUUACGCCUGCGAUCGGGGAUUACACAUAUAUCCGUAUCCAAAAAUAAAAAAAACCAUGGCUAGGUUGAACGCUCUGCUGCUGCCUCUUCUUCUGUUUAUUGUAGCAUUUGUGGUGCAUACAACAUUUGCCACUGUUCAGCCAAAGGCGCCAAACUUCCAGUACUUCGAAAGGCCCAAAUACCGUUAUCCCUACUACGAUGAACAUGGACGCGGAAAACUUCUCUAUGGCUACGGUGGCCCGGAAUUGUAUCAGUACAAGACCUAUACGCCUUUAGAGGGCAUACACUAGGCUUUAUAGCUCAUAGAUCCAUUAUAGUUCAUAAUUUAUGUAUUCUCUGCUUUAUUUAAAUUAAACGUUUUUUUAUUUA